AUGGCACCCCAGCAAAAGUCAGGCAUCGCCGUUGGUAUCAACAAGGGCCACAUCACCACCCGUCGUGAGCUCAAGCAGAAGCCUUCUCAACGUCGCGCUAUUGGCAAGCGCACUGCUUUCGUUCGCAGCAUCGUCCGUGAAGUUGCCGGUUUCGCUCCCUACGAACGCCGUGUUAUGGAAUUGAUCAAGAACUCCCGUGACAAGCGUGCCAAGAAGCUCACCAAGAGAAGACUUGGUACCUUUGUUCGCGCCAAGAAGAAAAUUGACGAGCUCCAGGGUGUCAUCGCCGAGUCCCGUCGUCAGCACUAA